UAGAAUGAAGGAUCCGUUCAUCUGCUUUAUAACCGCUGGUCAUUUGGUUCUCAUAGUAGAUGGUUGUGACGUUUGCGUCAGUCUCUGGUUGAUGGUUGUCUCUGUUUUGGUUCGAUCGAAGCUUUGAAAUUUCCUUGUCAAUUGUUCUAUUUGCAAAUCCAUUAUUGACUAAGGUUCUUUUGCAAUUUUUCAGCUCCGUAUUCAAAUCAUUUUCAGAGGAGCAGGUUUUGAGUGCUCGUUGGAUGAGAGCACUUAUUGCGCUUCUUUUUUUCACAUAACAUCAUUGUGCACAUGUGUGUGCACAUUUCAUUUCUACUCUCUAAAUAUUAGUUAAAUAUUAGUUGAAAGAAUAUUGAAAUUGAAAAGUAUUGAACUUCAAGUGCUAGUGCAUACUACUAUGAGUAGACUAAUGCCAGAAUACCUUGCUCAGCAAGUCAACAUUUCAACUGAUUUUCAAUUUUGAUCAAGAUAUUCCCAAGGAUUGAAAAAUGAAGACAACAAAAUUUGAUGGAAAAUUUCUGAUUUCUAUCAAGCAGAUGGGAAAUGGUACAAAUUGCUAUUUGUGUGGCAUACAAUUUGAUGAACUUGACAAACCCUGUUUGUAUUCAACUCAGCAGGAAUGUUUGGUUGGUGACAUGACAAUUAUGGAAUUACUAUGUCUCAUGCUUGAACUGAAGCUCAUUAGUGAUAAUGCCUCUGUUCAUUUAUGCAGUGUCUGUUCUGUUUUACUGUCUGAGGCAAAACUUGCAGUUCAUCAAUUUUCUCAAAUUAAGAAAAAGAUAUCUCAGUUGUUUCACUCAAAUAAACAACCAAAAGUGUUUUUUCAGCUGCUCUCUGAAGACUUUGCUAUGGAUUCCUUGUCAUCAGUCAAAUCCGAGGUAGAAUCUCCUACAAAAGGGUUAGAAGAGCUAGCAGAAACUCGGCCAAGAAAGAGAAAAGCUACUACGUCUUUGAUAGAACAGAGCGUGGAAUCAAGUAAGACUUUCAAUUUAAAUGAAGGUCAACCAUUGGAAACAACAGAAACCCAAGGAAUACCAUCUGGAAUUCGCUGCUCAGGAGGAGCUAAUUACAUUAAGAAGAUGAACCGUAAAUGCGGUAGACCAAGCAAGCCUUUCAAGUGUGAUCAAUGCCAUCUCAAAUUUAGUUGUAUUGAGGUUCUUGCCUCGCAUUGCAAUAAGUAUCAUUCAGCCUUGCGUGAUCUCUCCCAAAGUCAAUUUACGACAAGCAAGACUGAUAUAUAUCGAGUAAGUUCUCAUCGCAGGUCUAACUUGCAAAACGACUCUCAGAAACCAUCAGCACGAGUUUUGAAAGUCGAGAUGAUGCCAGAUAUCUCAAUAGAAACGGAAUAUAAUGAUGUAGAAACUAUCAUAGAAGUGACUGACUUUGAAGAUGCAACUGGUGAGAUUGACUCUAUGACAGUUUCUCAAGUCGAAACUUUGAACACAGCAGCCAAAUCGGAAGAAAUUGAAUCAUUUAUUAAAAUCCCUGCAACUGCUUCGAUGAACCGAAUGCGUAGAUUUCCUCUCAAAACUCCUUUGCACCGAGCAUCUGAAAAACGAAAUUCGCGUUUACGAUCAACAACGUUUUUGUCUCGUCAACUUCCCGUGAAAGCUUUGAAGAAUCGAAGUAAGAACGAAGUACAAAAAAAGAGCAACCUUAAUUCAGUAAGCAUGCCAACGACAUGUCCUGAAGAGAGUGGCGCAAAAAUAAGCAAAAUCCGACGGAUCGAGCCCAAGCUUCGAACUGUCAAGAAACUUGAACCUGAUGGGUCAGUUGUCUACAUCGUGUCGUCACACUUCGGGAAUUCAGUGCCUCCGUCGCUUAUCAAAAUGUCCCCUGAAUAUGUGAAACACAUUAACAAUUUGCCCGAUACAAAUUUGAUUAAUCCCCGUGAAGUCAAAACCGGAGUCAAAAGAGCGGAUAAACAAUCUAUGGUAAUUAACGAGGUCAAGAAUGCAGCUUUGUCACCAGGUGAAGUCAAAGAAUCACGAAGUAUGCAAUCAAAUCUUAUUGACCACAGCGCAAAUAAAAUCAUCCAGGUAGCUUCGAUGAGUUCUCAGACAAAAUCAUUAAAUAUUCCUGCAUCAAAAUUGAUGGUUCUUCAGCCUCUAGCAUUGAGGCAGAAACCUCUCUCAGCGGUGGCUAACCCUGUAUCUAAUCAACACAGGAUAGACCCCACCGUUUUAAAUGGAAUACAAUCUGAUCAAACCUUUUCUAAAAAAAUUGUGGAAAUUUCUUCAUCACAAACAAGUACCGAAAAGCAAGAGGAGCAGACGAGAACUGCAAUUGUGUUGCGGGGUGACCUGUUAGUCUCAUCUGAAUUUAUUUCGGGGAAGCUCUCCGACGCUCAUUUACAUGGUGCUGCUACCAAGUCAUCUGCUGCCGUUCAACGCCGCACUUAUUUGAAUGAAAAGUCCUUGCAUCAGGCAACUGCCAUACACUCUUCGUCCGUAAGAGAUGAAUAUCAACUCGGUUCUUUUUCACACAGCCAAUUACCUGCCUCGCUUCUCAUCAUUUCCCCAUCCUCAAAUCUGCCUGUUGCUCCCAACGCCGCGCCACCUCUGGUAAUAUCAAGUCGCGGGAGGCUUUCAUCGGAACACGAGACUUCGAGUCCAGUAAUAAACGACACAAGUCUACACGAAGAUGUCAUAAACUUCGAUAAAUCUGACGACGCCUCGUCUCUCGCUAUAAUGAAAAACGUCACAUUAGACGUCACCUGCGCACACCAGCCGCAAAAUUCAGCCCGUGAGAGUGAACCAUUCUCGCAUUCACUGUACAACGAAGAGUUCUCGUCGGCGUACCAUUUCAAACUGGCACCUGAUUUGGAGACGCCCACAGGAUACUGUGCAGCAGUCGUUUCGCCUUUGAGGGCGGAACUCUGUUCUGAAGCAAGCAACGAAUCGAGCGACAGUCGCAGUCAACAGCUGCAGCAAGUUUCUUCUCAUCUCUGAACGCAUGCUUGCAAAAUUUGUUUCAUUGCAGCGUGUCUUAAAACGACUAUAUAAGCACCAUACAGCUACCUUGGUGACAACAUAUUUCCGUCUUCUGAGUAAUAUUCUAAUCAUCGAAAAUAAUCGAAACGUUUGCCUGGUUCCAAAAUCCUGUACGUGAUGAAACUCUUUUACUUUUUAUUGCCUGCAUUCUGUCCGGACGCUGGAGUUGUUGGACGGAGGGAGAGCAGCGUCAAGACCAGUUGUACUGCAGACGAGGUGGUUGAUAUAAACAAGAACGGCCUUAACAUCAAUGCAUAUUUCAAGGCCCUUUGAAGGCUCUGUAUCGCCCUCAUGAUUUUAAUACGAGAACGCUGGUCGUUGAUGCCGAGCUCCCUGAUGUCGUCUGGCGUCAGUUCGAGGAAAGCUUCGAAAUCGACGUCCUGUUCCUCGAAAAAUGCAGCGUAGUCGUCCAAGGAAAGUUUAUGCAGAAUCUCACUGACUUUGCGACUCCCAAGGCUCAUGGUUAGCAGCUCAGCCAUACUCUGAGGCUGGACCAUGCUGGAAUGAAUAUUGGAACAAAUUAUAAGUGUUGUUGCUGCAGGAAAAUUUUAAAAGAAUAAAUAAGAAUAUGAAGUUAGAAUCUCUUAUUUCCGUCCGUCUAUGCUUCAACCUGCUAAAUGAUCUGAGGAUAACAAAAAAAAAAAAACUCUGAGGAUAACAUGCCACUGCUGCUCUGGAACGACGCGUGUCAACGAUUGGAUCAGUAUCAAGAAGAUGCGCUGUCUUAAAAUAUAAUUCAUUUCAAGUCGCGUUUGACUAAAAAUACCUGAAUUAUAAUCUAAACAUGAUUAGAUCACAAGCGAGUUUUAAAGAGAUUGUGAUAGUUCGAAUUAGAUUAAUCUUUUUAGUUAUAGAUACGAUCUAUAUUCCGUAAUAGAAAUGAACGUAUGACUUGAUAAUUCACUGACUUGGAUGGCUGGAGUCUGUUGUUGAGGCGCUUCGUUUGUACGGUGGUGCCUGUGGACGCCGUGCCAGCCGACGACUCCGACUCGCUCGCUCGUUGCCGCUCUGUCGUGUCAAA